UGGUGCUGAUGUCGUUGACCGUGGCACCAAUCAGACUGCUGAUGGCCGGUUUCUGUCUUCUUAUUGCUUGGCCAAUCGCAGCGCUGGCCCUGCUUGGCAGAGACAAGGAUGAGGAGAAAGUGCCCCUAGCCGGGUGGAGGAACAUGUUGAGGCCCAUUGUGGUGUUUUUCUGCCGUGGAGUAUUCUUCUGGGGAGGUUUGCACUGGUUGUCGGUGAAAGGGAAGCGUGCCACGUCCCAGGAGGCACCCAUAGUCGCCCUCUCUCCACACUCAUCAUACUUUGACUCUGUUGUCGUCACCUACCUGGACCUCACUUCAGUUGUGGCCAAAUCUGAAUCAGAAUAUGUGCCCAUAUUUGGAACAUUAAUUAGAUACACACAGCCUGUGUUUGUGUCUCGUGAAGACCCAGACUCCCGAGUGAACACAAUCAAAGAAAUUAAGAGACGAGCUCAGUCCAAUGGAAAAUGGCCACAGAUCGUCAUCUUUCCUGAGGGCACAUGUACAAACAGAUCCUGUCUGAUCUCCUUCAAGCCAGGGGCAUUUUACCCUGGUGUGCCCAUCCAGCCUGUCCUGAUCAGAUACCUCAAUGAGCUGGAUACCGUUACAUGGACUUGGGAUGGACCAGGACCAUUUGCAGUGCUGUGGUACACAUUGUGUCAGUUUCAAACACGUAUGGAAAUAGAGUUCUUGCCUGUGUAUCACCCUAAUACGUUAGAGCUGGCUGACCCAAAGCUUUUUGCCAAUAAUGUCAGAGAAGAAAUGGCCAGAUGUCUGGGUGUACCUGUCACUGAUCAUACCUAUGAUGACUGCAGACUGAUGCAAAGGGCAGCUAUCAACAAACUACCUAUGGCAUCAGGGCUUGUAGAAUUUUACAAACUACACCAAAAACUAGGGUUAGAUUUCGACACCAUUAAAGAAAUGUUUGACAGAUUUUGUAAGAUCUGUCGUGGAAAGCCAGGUCGUGUUACAAUUGAGGAAUUUGCCAAGUAUUUACGCCUGCCGGUUUCUGACCCCUUGCGUACAGUUUUCCAGCUUUAUGACAGAGCUGGCUCAGGCUAUAUAGAUUUCAGAGAAUAUGUGAUUGGCUUGUCAUUGGUGUCAGGACCAGCAGCUACUGAAGAGACAAUACAGCUAGCCUUCACGCUUUUUGAUUCUGAUGGGAAGGGAUAUAUCUCAGAGGAGGAACUGUCACAGAUUUUACUAAAUGCAUUUGGGAUGAACGAUAUAGAUACUCAUGAGCUGUUCAAGGAAGUGGACGCUGAUGAGGAUGGCAAGAUCACAUAUGAUGAGUUUCAAGCCUGUGCAGAAAAGAAGCCAGAAUAUGCCAAGCUGUUUGUGACGUAUCGUGAAAUGUCUGAUUCCAGUAAACAGAACGGCCAUCCAGGCGGAGAACAUGGCCAUGACCAGCCACUCAACAAGGCUGAAUAACUGCUCAUUUUAACUUUUUAUCUUUUAUAUUGGAAAUAAUAUAUUUAGUUUUGACAGCAGGGGAUAUUUAAUCCAAAAGGCUUAGAGGGUGCCAGAAAAGAAGGAAGUAUUAGUAAAAUUUUUAAAAAAGGACUGAUAGUUCAGGAUGUGCAGGAAAAUGAUUUGUGAUAGGAGCAUAUUAAAGGUUGAUACACUGGAAAAUUUGUCUUGGAGAAGACAAAAUUCUUGAUCACAUUUAAAGUUUAGACUUUCUCGAAACUCUAAAAUGAUUUUUGGGGUAACUUUCCUUCACUCAUUGCAGAGGUGUAGCAAAAACACAUCUCUUAUGAAAAAUGUUACCAAAAAUUUGAUAUACACUGUUCAGAGUUUUGUGAAAGUUGCCCCAUUUGAUUUAGAAUUUGUUUGUUAGUGUGUUUUUUUGUUUUUUUUUUUUAGUAUUUUUAUUCAGACUGUUAAAACUUUAUUAACUAUAAACAGUAUGUAUUCUUUUGAGUAUGUUAUGGGUAAACAUUUUGUUGUGUUUUUCUGUGCAUUGGAUUUUGGUAAACUGAGCAAAUAUUGAAUUUGUGUGAAGGGCAGACCCUAGGAAUAAGACUCUUUCUAUUUUUAGGCUAUAUUAGUUUUGUUGUUUGUUUCAGACAAUGUAAAUGGAUAGGAAUUUUUUAUUUCAAAUUUUGUCAGCAGUCUUUACAUUAUGGGUUAUGGCUUUAAUGUGGUGUAGUUUGUGCAAAGAAAUGUAUAUAUCGGUACACAUGAACACUGAAGGUUAAAUUUAUUGUUCAAUUCUUCUUUUUUCAUUUACUCAAAUUUGCACCAAAUCAUGUAUGAAAUGAAAGUCAAAUUGUAAAGCAUCUAUUUAGCGAUCGAUUCUCAUUGAUAUGUGUGUCAAUAAGACUUCAUAUCACUGAAUUUACAGGGGAAAAUAACAUUGUCAUAAUAAUUGUUUUUGUUUUCCUUUAUCAGAUGGUGUCUUAGUCACUCUGUCCAGUAAACACCAUGGAAAACUGAUUUUGAGUACAGAAUUCAAUUUACACAUGAUUACAGAAAAGGAGAAAACUGAGAUUGUUGUGUAAGAUGUUGAUGGAAUGUCUUCCAACCAGGUACUUGUAGGUUGUGUACAUGUGGCGCUGAGCUGUAUUCCAUGGUGACAGUAUUGUAGCAACAAGAGAAAGAACUGUAAGGCAUUGCUGAGAUAUCACGUGAUAUAUUCAUCAUGUCCAUAUAAGGCAGAUGAAAUGAUAUCUGAUUAAAUACUUUCAGGAUGUACAUGUGUUAUAGAAAAGGACACCAUAAUAUGUCAUAUGUAGAUAUUUUUCACUGUAGUGCUGCCAAAAAAUACUUCUAAUAGGUAUUUGUACAAUGUAGGUACUAGUUUUGUGAGUUUGUAUAAAGACAGGAUAUCCAUGCUGUAGUUUCCUUCUAUCCGAAUAUAAAGCUCUUCAGAAGGUAAAGAUGAGACUUAUAAUGGCACUCAGAUUGUUUACAUAAGUUUUCAGUACAUCCAGCAGCAGUAAAUUUUUCUCCAAAUUAGAAUGUGUUUUGUAUAUUGAAGUGGUACAUGUAAUGUGACACCCCCAAGCGUUUCUGUUUUAUACUAGUAAGGUUGCAUGCAUUUUGAGCAUAUGUUAAAGCUGUGUCAGUCUAUUUACAACGACUGUUUCAUACAUUCUAAAACUAGAUUCCUUAAACUUACCAACUAUAAAUGGAUAUUUUUUAUUAUGGAUAGUAAUCAAAGUGUUUUUUUUCACGAGAUCGAAUAAUGUGCAGAUAAAUCUAGAAUUCAACGCUAAACAGGGCUUUGGAAUUAGUGCAAGGGUUAUUUUCUCUACCUAGGAUUAAAGGGAAAUAAUCAGUAUUGUAUAUGUGGCCAUUCUGUGAAUUUUACCUGAUUACCUCAUUGCAUUAUUCAGAUGUCAAAUGUGUUGCAUUUAGCUCAUGACAUAUACAGUAAGUACAUACUGUCAUGGCGUGAAUGAAGUAGAAAAGAUUUAUUUUAUAUGAAAUAACCUACAAAUUUUGAAUCCUGAACAGGUCCUUGAUGUUUUUGUACACAGCCAUUUGUCUAUGAAUUCAAGAUAUUGUUUAGAGGUGAUCUCAACUUGAGAUGUUUUACUAAAUUUCUGAAAGGACAAGAAAUCAUUUCCAAGAAAGUUUUAUCUAUUUUGAUAAUGUCAUCCUAAAAUGUAUUUUAAAAUAAUAACAUUGAUCAAAUCUGAAAGGCUUAGCAUGAUGAUGCAGACACAGAGUUGAAAUAAUAGGUGUUCAGGUGUUGUUGUCAAAUGAGAACAGCACUCUGAUGACCUGCACAGUCUCCUUUAUUGUGGUAUUUUGGUCAUGGAUUCGUAAAACUUCAUGCUACUAUUGUGUAUGACAUUAGAAUUAAGUAAUGUUACGCUGUAAUAAUGACGUGAAAUAUGGAUGAAUCCAAGUGGGUAAAAAAUAUCAGAACCCAUGACUUUGUGAACUAAAAGAAGACUUGUGAAAAACAUGGCCAUUUUAACCUGAACUAGUAUAGCUUACUGCAAAUAAGGAGAAUAUGUUUCUAUCUGGACCAUUUACCUGAAAACUGCUGUACUGUUUGUUUCUUUCUUCUUCUCUCAGCUCUUUCAGUGUGAGUGAGUACAGCUUGGCAACAGGUACAGGACAUUGUUUCUGUCUGGUUCUUAAUAUGUACUCUCAGUUGUUUCAGUAUUGGUGAGUACAGCUUGGCAACAGGUACAGGACAUUGUUUCUGCUUGGUUCUUAAUAAGUACUCUCAGUUGUUUCAGCGUGGGUGAGUACAGCUUGGCAACAGGUACAGGAUAUUGUGUCUGCCUGGUUCAGCUGUUUUAUUGGUGUAUCAGCAGGUAUUUUCUGGUUCUUAAUAAGUACUCUCAGUUGUUUCAGUAUGGGUGAAUACAUAUUGGCAACAGGUACAGGACAUUGUUUCAGCCUGGUUCUUAAUAAGUACUCUCAGUUGUUUCAGUAUGGGUGAGUACAGGACAUUGUUUUUGCUUGGUUCUUAAUAAGUACUCUCAGUUGUUUCAGCGUGGGUGAGUACAGCUUGGCAACAGGUACAGGACAUUGUGUCUGCCUGGUUCAGCUGUUUUAUUGGUGUAUCAGCAGGUAUUUUUAACAGAAUCCUUGUGCCUAAAAUGGAAGUUUCCUUACGGCGCUGAACAUAAUUCUCCAAUUCUGAACAUGUACUGUGCAGUCAAGAUGAGAGGAAAGGCUCAAAUCUCCAAACUUCCCACCUGCAUUAUAUUUAUAUCUCUAUACUCAGAAUAUCUGUAUUUUUUUUACCACAAAUGAAAGCAUGUUCUUUAUCCCUAUGAAAUUCUGAAAUAAUGGCUAUAAAGAUUUUUGUUAGAUGUUUGCCUUUUUUAAGGUUCUUUAUCCAUACUUUAUAGGGUUAUUGGUUGUAACCAGAGCAAACAUCUCUGCUGAUGGAAAUAAUUGUUUUGCAUGACGAACUAGUUCUGGUCACUUUAUGGCUCAGGAAUUUGUUCUGAUUUAAACAUGAAGUUUGCCUCGCAGAGAUGGCUUAGUGUACUCGUACUCGUUUAUUCUGAUGCUUUAUGUAUGAAAUCUAUUGAAGUGCUCGUUUUGCAUGUAUAGAAAUGGUCGGGUUUUUUUUUUGUUUUUUUUUUGUGGACAUGUUUUGCUUGUUUCAGUCGUAAAUAAAUAUAGUUAUAAGUAUAAGUUUAUACUUACCGUACUUGUUCUUGUACGGUAAUUGUUAUUACAGAGUGAAGUUACUGGGAUACAGAUCCAGCAUUUAUAAAAGCCAGUUAGCACUGACAUAAGACAUCCUACCUACUUGUUCAUGUAAACGUGUGAUGUGGUGGCUUUCUGCAGAAGAAGCCGGCUACAUGGAAAGCUAGUUAGCUCUUUCAUACGCUGUACCCUUAAUCUUCUGAAAUAAUCUUCUGAAAUAAUCUCUGUUGUGUUUCAUUCACGUGGCUGUGUUCUGCUGCCUAGAAAUUCAGCACCUUAUGUGUUUUGAUACUACUCCAAAUCCGUCAACCUUUUCACAAAAGAAAGAGCAACUUUCAGUGCAAGUUUUGCACAUUUUUAAUUUGAUUUUGAGGACAAAAUUACACUUGUUGGAUUGGCCAGUUUCAGGGCUACACAAAGUAAAAUUUUAUCAGUCAGCAGAGAAAAAUGCCUUCAGAAUAUGCUUGAAUAAACACCUUGCAAACAUGCAGAAAGGCUGAAGAAUUACAGUACCAACCAGUUGUAUGGUUUGUAUAUUCUUUAUCACAAUUGCAACAUUAGUGAUAUUCGGUAUAUUUUAAUUUCCUGCUACUUGCUUGCGCAUGACAAAUGCUCCAGGAAGCAGUGAUGAUGCAGUGUGGUUUGUCCUACAGUAUAUGUGCUCAGCUCAUUGACACCGUGUGGCAUCACUGCUACACCAUGUAGCACCACUGCUUGUACAUUAUCAGGUCAUUUUGUUAUGGAAUUGAAAGGUACAUGUAACCUCUUUCAAUCAUGAUAUGGAUGUGUCCCAACAAAUUUUUGUAUGAUUUUGAUUAACUUUUUAUGAAAUAUUUUUAGAUUCCUACUUUCUUUCUCUAUUUCAUUAUAGCAAUUUACCCACAAGUUCUGCUAUAGAAGUUCAUUGUGUGCAUUUUUUAUUCUGUAUGUAUAUUGUACUGCAGAUGUUGCUCCAAGCAACAUGUAUGCGGCAGCCAUGUGUGUUUGCGUGAUGUCAAACGCCCGUCUUUCCUCUGCUGCAGCCGUGUGUGUGUGUGUGUGUG